AUGGUUAAUUUAGAUCAAUUAAAGAAAAAGCAUGCGUUUCACGAAAAGGCGGUGAAAACUAUUCGUGACCAAAUCAACGAUAAAGCGAUGUUUGAUGGGUGGUCAAAAGGCGAUUUGAAUGAACGAAUUUCGAAACUCCACGAUUUAGACUGUCAGUUAAAUGACAUUCAUUUGUCAAUGGUAUGCGAGAAUGCCGAGGAUGAUGACAUGCUCUUAUUUGGCGAAGAUAGUAGCACGUUGAUUAUGGGGCUCAAAGCGAAAUUAAAAGACCGUAUCGAUGCGAUUAAUAAGCAAGAUGCACCAGCUCCAGUGGCAAGCGAGCCAAGAAGUGUUCAAGUUGAAGUGCAAACGACAGACGCGUGUGGAAAUAUUCCAAAUACGUGGGGAACCUUUGAUGGUGACUAUGAUUCGUGGAAUUCGUUCAGAGAUCGAUGGUUGCCACUUCAUAACAACAAGAAAAUUGCGGCGACGAUUAAAUUUACCAAUUUAAAAACUGCUUGCAUUGGUAAAGCCCAGAGUACGCUUGGAGAAUGGGAUUUAACCGAUGACGAUUAUUAUAAGGCAUGGAAUCGGUUGCAAAGCAUUUUCGAGGAUGAUUACAUGCAAUUGCAGUCGUUUAUGCAAAAGUGUUUUAAGCUGCCUUACAUGCGUGCGUCAUCAAGUCAAUCGAUUCGUAAUGUGAUUGACACCGUGCAAAAGCAUAUUCACGGUGUAAAGCGUUUUGUCAAAACGGAUGAUGCCCAUCCAUAUGUUGUUUUUGCAGUCAUUGAUCGAAUGGACACAGAAACAUACAGGGCAUGGGAAAAAUUCAGACCGUCGUUGACAGGUAGUCAGCCGAAUGAGCCAAAUGCAGGCGUCAGUGAAGCGAAUGAUGCGAAUGUGCAAGCGAACCAAUACAAAACGGGCAAGCGUAUCCCGACAUGGAAAGAAUUGGAGCAAUUUUUGGAAGCAGAAGUUGCAAUUCGUGUUCAUGCUGUAAAGCGAGCGUUGACAACGAAAGAAAAUGCGUCCAGUUCAAAGCGAGCAAAGCGUUCCGAAAGAAAUUUUGGUUCAAACAAAAAUGAAUUGCCUGAUUUUUUGCAAUGUGUAUUAUGCGAUGAUACACAUCCGAUUUACAAAUGCGAAAAUUUUAUUUCAAUGUCUUUGGCCGGUCGAAAAAAUCACGCAGUGCAACAUAAUUUGUGUGAACGAUGUUUGCGAAAAAAUCAUAAUGGUCCAUGCGUAAAAAAGACAUGCAAUCAAGAAUGCCCGAGAUGCAAAUCAGCGGUUCGUUACCAUAACAGUUUGCUCUGUCCGCAUUUUGAAAUAAAAGCAAGAACAGCAUUGCUAACGCAAGACAAGUCCAGAGGUACCAAGCGUAAAAACCAAUCUAAGCGAGAUUUCAAUGCGAAAAGAGUGCGAAAUGAUAAUUACCGCACGGAUGAAAGGCAACUAGGUUCAAGCGUGAACAAAGUGGGUGAUUGGACACUUGUAGCUAAACAAAGCAAUGCGAUCAAGCAAAUAAAUACAAAAGGCACUGGUAAGUGUGAAUACACAGUAGUUUUAGCUACUGUGAACAUGCGUAUGCGUACAAAGUUUAACAAUCCUGUCAUUUGCAGAGCAAUAGCCGAUAUUGGUGCUAUGCUUCCAUGUGUCGACAAGCAGUACGUGGAAGAUAAUGGGUUGCGAACAACAAAAUGCCAAAAAAUUAUCUUAGGUGUAAGCGGCCCUGAGAUCAUCAAAAGGAAAAUCGAAGCGAUUAUUCAGCCGUGGUUCAAAAGUGAUGUGGAACUACAUAAAGAUUUCUUUUUGCUAAACAGCUUAGCAGGCGUUUACCCACAAGCACUAAUCGAUGCGUCAAAAGACCAGAUCGAACAUUUAUUGCUGGCAGAUGAAGAGUUCGACCAACCAAAGCCGAUUGAUGCAUUGCUUAGUGCAGAUAUUUAUGCUGAAAUCGUAGGCGAUGAUUUAUAUAGACAUAAAAACGGUGCGAUAAUGCAGUCGUCAUCGUUUGGGCAUAUUAUUUUAGGCAAAUUCAAAGUAAAAAAUUCAAAUGUAUGCGAUUUACCAGCAUUGAACAUUGUAAUGAAUAAAAAUACAGAAUGCGAUAAUAUUGAAGAAUUGAUAAGCAAAUUUUGGGAGAUUGAAGCAAUUAAUUCCAAUGAAAAUAAAGCGUUGUUAAACAAAGAACAAAAAGCGGUUGAAGAAUUGUUUGUGAAUACGCAUUUCAGAGACAAAUCCGGCAGAUAUGUGGUAAGAAUUCCAAUCAAACCCGGAUGCAAAGGGUUAGGUGAGUCGAGAGGUUUAGCAUUAAAGCAAUUUUAUUCUCUUGAACGAAAAUUGGGGAAAAAUGCUGAACUGAAAAAGAAAUAUGUUGACUACAUCGAAGAAUUUUUACGGCUUGGAUAUAUGCGUUUGGCAGGCGAGUGUCGUGAUCGUAGAUUCUUAUACUACAUUCCGCACCAUGCAGUGGAGAAAAAGUUUCGUGUAGUAGUGAAUGCGUCAGCAAAAACAAAGUCAGGAGAGUCACUCAAUUCAAUUCAAAUGGCAGGCGCUAAAUUGCAAUUUGAUGCUCAGCUGCAAAUAAUGCGUUUUCGUCGUUUUAAGGUUGGUGUCUCAACUGAUGUUGCAAAAAUGUUCAACAAAGUUGGAUUGCAUCAAGAUCAAUGGGAUUUGCAACGGAUUUUAUGGCGUAAAUCUCCAAAUGAAGAUCUCAAAGAGUAUGUAAUCACAGUGGUAAUGUUUGGUUUGAAAUCAUCAGCGUACAAUGCAGUGCGUGCGUUGAAUCAAUGCGCCAUGGACCAAAAAUCACGGUUUCCACAAGCAUCGGAAGCGAUUUUAAAAUGCUUUUACAUGGAUGAUGGCAUGUUUAGCGUUGAUUCUGUUGAAGAAGCGAAACUAUUAUGCAAAGAAGUAGAGUUUGUAUUGUUGCAAGGCGGCUUCGACCUAAAAGGCUGGACAUCGAACUCGAAAGCAGUUGAAUCGUAUAUGAAUGCAGACGGUAUCAACAUGAAAAUCAUGGGAGAAGAUGAUGAAUCAAAGAUUCUGGGUUUGUGUUGGCUUAAAGCGUCAGAUGAAUUGGCAGUGUUCGUAAGACCAAUAGAAUCUCACUGCAAAAUGACAAAGCGUAGAGUUUUGAGUGAAAUUGCCAGAUUACACGAUCCAAAUGGAUUUGUCGCACCCAUUGUUGUUAAAGCAAAAAUGUUAAUGAAAGAAAUAUGGAAAAUAGGCAGAGGCGAUGGUAAACACAGUAAAUUGAAAUGGGAUGAUGUGGUGCCUGAAAAUAUCAAAAACGAGUGGCUUCAAUAUCGUUCAGAUUUAUCGUUGCUAAGCAAUUUCAAGGUAAAGCGUUGGCUAAAGUUAAGCAGCAAAAGUCAGUUGCAAGUUCAUGCGUUCUGCGAUGCGUGUGAUGAUGCGUACGGUGGGUCGAUUUAUACCAGAGUAGUUGAUGAAAAUGGACAAAUUCAUACUUCGUUGUUGUCAUCGAAGUCACGCAUAGCUCCACUAGAUAAAUCAACUACACCACGGUUAGAAUUGUUAGCAGCUGUCACAAUAAGUGAGCAUCUAGAAGCGGUUUUAGAAGCAUGCGAAUUCCAAAAUGCAGAUGUGACAGUAUGGUCGGAUUCGAUGGUUGUAUUGCAUUGGAUUGCUAAAAACCCUGACGAAUUAAAAGCAUUUGUUUCAAACAGAGUGAAACUUAUUCAAAGCAAAACCAAGCGUUACAAAUGGAAGCAUGUGAGUUCAACUGAUAAUCCAGCUGACUUAGUUAGUCGUGGAAUGAAAAUGCAAGAGUUUUUGAAAAGCGAUCUUUGGUUAGAAGGCCCCAGUUGGUUGAAACUGGAUGAAAGCAAAUGGCCGAAGCCGAAAUUAGAGGUUUCACCCAAGCAUCACGAUGAAAUUACAAAAGAAUGUAAAGCAAAGGUCUAUGCAGUUCAAACAGCAGAUAUGACUGCAGGCGUAGAAAGAGAAACUGUGUAUAACAAAUUUGAAGAUUGGGAUAAAAUCAUAAAUGUCACGGCUUAUGCGUUGAGAGUCAUUCGAAGAAUGAAAAAAGAGGUUGACAAUUUAAGCGGCAGAUAUUUGUCAGCAGAUGAGAGAAACAAAGCGAUAGAGUUUUGGAUAAAAUUUGCACAAAAUAAAGCGUACAAGAAAGAGAUUGAAUGCAUAAAAUCGAGUGAUAAGCUAACAUCAAAAUGCAGUAUUAUUUCGUUGCGCCCCAUACUUGAUAAAAAUGGCAUUUUGAGAGUAGGGGGCAGAAUAGACAAAGCAAACGUGGCGUACGAUAAAAAGCAUCAAUUUAUCGUUCCACCAAAAUCUAGAUUGUCUUACCUUAUAAUACAUCAUGCUCAUGGCAUAACAAUGCAUGGAGGUGCGCAAUUGAUGAUGCAGUACAUUCGAAAAGCAUUUUGGAUCCCAAAGUUGAGAGCUGAAAUCAAGCGUUAUGUCAGUUCAUGCAAAGAAUGCGUUGUUCAAGCUCAGGAAAUGGCUCAACAAAUAAUGGCUGAGUUGCCAGAAGUGAGAAUUAAACCGGCUCCGCCAUUUCAAAAUGUAGGCGUCGAUAUGGCUGGACCGUUUAGCAUGCGAAUAACAGACAAAGUGAAUAUGAAUACGCGUGCACGCCAAUUACCUGAG